UCCUCAAAUUUACCACGCCUUAAUCCUGACAUUUGUCUUGCCACUUCAGAGUAAGACCCCAAGCAAAGCUUUGCAAGCCUUAAUCAUCCAAUGCCUUCGGCUCAAAAGACUCUCCGCAUACGGUUUCUGACGGAAUGCGGGGAACGGUUGUGGGGUAAUGGGUAAUCAUUGGCCAUUACGAGAAAAGAUCCACGCCGUCAUCCACCACCAAGAGGCUAAGACGUAAAACUUCUUGCCAGAAUGCUUCUAGCUUUUCUUGCACCCUCAUGAUGUACACCGCUGUUAACCGGCUACACUAAGUAUAUAGUCGAUGUUAUCUUUGAUAUUGCCUAUACUCAUCAUCACGACCAGCUGGCUUCAAUCAACGACAAGUUGAGAAGUUGAAAAAUAUGUCGUACCCAACGAAGACUACCGAGACGGAGCCGAAAUUCGACACUGAGUUCAAGGGCGAGGAGCAGGAGAACCCUGAGUUCAACCUGGCAGCAGGGCACAACCAACUCGAGCGGGGUUUGAAGAGUCGGCACAUCCAGUUUCUGGCAUUAGGUGGUGCUAUUGGUACUGGUCUUUUCGUCGGUUCUGGCAGCAUUCUGUCAGAAACUGGACCUGCGCCGCUGUUUAUGGGAUACCUGUCCAUGAUUAUGGUGGUCUGGUGUGUGAUGAACGUCCUGGCUGAGAUGGUCACCUAUUUGCCUAUGAAGGGAAUAUCCAUUCCGUACUUUGUCGAACGGUUUGUGGAUCCUUCACUGGCAUUUGCAGCUGGAUGGAAUUACUGGUACGCCUAUGCUAUGCUCGUUGCAGCUGAAGCUAGUGCUGCUUCGAUCAUCUUGGAUUACUGGAAUGCUCCUGUCUCCGUUGCGGUGUGGAUUACCGUGGUAUUGGUGAUUAUCCUGCUGCUGAACGUUAUUGCCGUUUCAUUCUUCGGAGAAGCUGAGUUCUGGUUCGCAUCGAUCAAACUCAUCACGAUCCUCGGACUUAUCAUCCUUGGAGUCGUCCUAUUCUUCGGAGGAGGACCAAAUCACGACCGUCUGGGAUUCAGAUACUGGCAGAAACCAGGUGCUUUCGUCCCAUAUAUGGCACCAGGUGACACUGGGAAAUUCCUAGCCUAUUGGCACGCCUUUGUCAAAGCUGGUUUCGCUUUUAUCACUUCUCCUGAACUGAUCGCCAUCGCAGCUGGAGAGACCGUCGACCCUCGUCGGAAUAUCCCUAAAGCUGCCCGUCGAUUCAUCUGGCGAUUGGCACUCUUCUACGGUUGUGCCUCAUUCAUUAUUGGUGUAAUUGUUCCUUCAGACGAAGACAGACUGCUCGGUGCUGGAAAUGCAAGCGCGAGUCCCUGGGUCAUUGGCAUCCAAAGAGCUGGAAUUGGAGGCUUGAACCAUGCAAUUAAUGGAGCUGUUUUGACAUCAGCAUGGUCUGCAGGAAAUUCUUUCCUUUACUCUGGAUCUCGUGUUUUGUACUCGAUGUCUCUCAACAAGCAAGCACCUAAAAUAUUCAGCAUUACCAACAAGCGCGGUGUCCCAUACGUGGCAGUCCUGUUCACAUGGGCAUUCUCCCUCUUGGCCUACCUCAAUGUCUCAAAUACUGGAGCUACUGUGUUCAACUGGUUCGUGAACAUCAGCACAAUCUCAGGCUUUAUCGCCUGGAUCGUCGUCAUGAUCACUUACCUGCGCUUCCGCAAGGCUUUCGAGUACAACAAUAUGCUCCACGUCCUACCAUACAAGACAGCUCUCCAGCCAUACGCCACAUACGCAGUGUUAUUCGUCAUCACACUCCUGACACUCACCAAUGGAUUCCAGGUAUUCUGGCCGAACAAGUUCAAUGCCGCUGACUUCCUGGCUGCCUAUAUUACCUUGCCAAUCUUCUUGGUGCUGUAUUUUGGACACAAGAUCUACUUCCGCACUCCUUUUGCGAGGAAGAUUGAGGAUAUUGAUAUCAUGACCGGGAAGAGAGAAAUGGACGAGUUAGCUGAGAUGGAAGUUGUUCGAGUGCCAAAGAACUGGCUGCAGAGAGCUUGGUUUUGGCUUGCAUAGAAGGCUGGGUACCGAUGCUGAGACUGCAUGGUACUUGAUAUAAAAGGAUUAUGGGUAUAGAACAAAAUAAUGAUAUACUUGGCUUAAGUUGAGUCUUUCACCAACUGGCAAGGCCACUGAGUGCAAGAGUCUUUGCUUCCUCGUGAU